CCCUGAUUUGGUAACUCUUUUUAUCUUUCUCACAUUCUUCACCGAAACGUCGUUGCAGCUGCUCAAUCGCACGAGGAAACUACCCAAUUGGUAAGAGAGGAAACGAGCGAGAGCGUGGAGGUCCACUUCUCCGCAUUCCUUCAUUUUGGUUCCUCCUUAUAAUUUCUUCUCUCUCGCGCGCUCAUUUUCUCUCUCGUCUAUCUUUCAUUUUCCGAUUGCUUCAUCUGCAUCGAUUUUCCGAUCAACGGGUUUGCAUUGCCGGAUCAUUCACAACGGUUGCAAUUUAGAUAAUAAGUAUGAGUUAUUAUUAGGUUAAAAAAAAGUGAUAUAAUGGAAGAAGAUGAACUCAAGCAUAUAGAUAUUUCUGAGGAGGACUUGGAUUUAGAUGGAAAAGGAGGUGUUUUUAUUGGUGAUGAAGAAGUUUGUCCGUCGCCAUCUCUACAUUCCGAUGAUACUGUUAUCCAGCGGGAUCACUCGGGUCAUACAUCUGGCAGCGUCGUGACUCAGGGCAUUGAAGAGGAGGGAUUUGAGCAAGUAGCUUUAAGUGAUCAAGAGAAUAGUGACAAUGGACUUGGUGAUCAUGAGGAUUCUGGUGUGGCAUUGGAUUCUGACAGUGUGGUAAGUCCAUCUGGUUGUCUGGAGAAAGCCGAGGACUUAUCAGAUGAAAGAGUUGAGGAUAAUGAUCAGUCGAGAGAAGAACGUGAUGGCUCAAGUGUUGGUCAUUUGAGAAACUUGUCCUCCUCUUCUAGAACUGAUGUGAAUACUGAAUCUAAAUCUUCACCUACUGUGACACAGCCGAAAUUAAGGCCAAAAGGUACUAUGUCCACUGUGUCACCUGAGCUAUUGCAUCUAAUUGAUUCUGCCAUUAUGGGAAAACCUGAAAGCUUGGAUAAACUGAAAGAUAUUGUGACCGGUGUUGAGGCCUUUAGUGAUGAGGACAAUGGCGCAAUGUCUUUGUUGGUGAUUGAUUCACUUGUAGCUACAAUGGGGGGUGUUGAAAGUUUUGAAGAUGAUGAAGGUAACAAUCCUCCUAGUGUUAUGUUGAACUCUAGGGCUGCCAUUGUUGCAGGCGAGUUGAUACCUUGGCUUCCUUGUGCUGGUGAUAGUAUGGGUCUAAUGUCCCCUAGGACACGGAUGGUUAGAGGGUUGUUAGCUAUAUUACGGUCAUGCACAAGAAAUAGAGCAAUGUGCUCAACAGCUGGUUUACUUGGUGUUCUUCUAAGAUCUGCUGAAAGAAUUUUUGUGUCAAAAGGUCAUUCUGUGGAUCAGGUGAAUUGGGAUGGUAUGCCUCUGUGCUAUUGUAUUCAGUAUUUGGCUGGACAUUCUUUAAGUGUGGUCGAUUUGCAUAAGUGGCUUGAGGUUAUCACAAGGACUCUUACUACUGUAUGGGCUCCUCCCUUAAUGCUUGCACUGGAGAAGGCAGUUGGAGGAAAAGAAUCAAGAGGUCCUGCUAGCACGUUUGAAUUUGAUGGUGAGAGCUCUGGUUUGCUUGGUCCUGGGGAAAGUCGUUGGCCAUUUACCAACGGGUAUGCAUUCGCAACAUGGAUAUAUGUAGAGUCAUUUGCAGAUACAGUAAAUACUGCAACUGCCGCAGCUGCUAUUGCUGCUGCUGCUGCUGCCACAGCUGGGAAAUCGUCACCAAUGUCUGCCGCAGCUGCUGCAAGUGCCCUUGCUGGUGAAGGCACAGCACACAUGCCACGGCUUUUUAGUUUCUUAUCAGCUGAUAAUCAGGGUUUGGAGGCAUAUUUCCAUGCUCAGUUUUUGGUGGUUGAAUGUGGUACAAGUAGGGGAAAGAAAGCUUUACUGCAUUUUACUCAUGCAUUUAAGCCGCAAUGUUGGUAUUUCAUUGGUUUAGAGCAUACUUGCAAACAGGGUUUACUUGGAAAGUCGGAGAGUGAACUGAGAUUGUACAUUGAUGGAUCUUUGUAUGAGACUCGUACUUUUGAGUUUCCUCGAAUCUCUAAGCCACUCGCAUUUUGUUGCAUAGGGACAAAUCCCCCACCUACGAUGGCUGGUUUACAACGCCGGCGUCGUCAAUGUCCCCUUUUCGCUGAAAUGGGACCUGUUUAUAUAUUUAAGGAACCAAUUGGACCUGAUAGAAUGUCUCGUUUGGCUUCUAGGGGAGGUGACGUGCUACCCUCUUUUGGCAGUGGGGUUGGACUACCUUGGCUGGCAAUGAGUGAUCACGUACAAAACCUGGCAGAAGAAAGUUCGCUACUGGAUGCAGAGCUGGCUGGAUUGCUACACCUUCUUUAUCACCCGAGCCUGCUCAAUGGAAGAUAUUGUCCAGAUGCUUCUCCAAGUGGUGCUGCAGGUGUGCUUCGUAGACCAGCUGAAGUGCUUGGGCUAGUACAUGUUGCUUCGAGGAUACGACCAGUGGAUUCAUUAUGGGCAUUGGCUUAUGGUGGUCCAAUGUCAUUGCUUCCUCUAACAGUUAGCAGUGUGAAAAAUGAUAGUUUGGAGCCUGAACCAGGGAACCUUACUUUAUCUUUGGCCACAGCUGCUCUAGCUGCUCCAAUAUUUAGAAUCAUUGCCAUGGCUAUGCAACACCCUAAAAACAAUGAAGAAAUAUGCCGUGCUAGAGGUCCCGAGGUGUUGUCUAGGAUCUUGAAUGAUCUGCUGCAAUCACUGUUUUCAUCUGAUGCAAGACAUCAUGAUGGUGUGGUAGACGAGGAACUUGUUGCAGCUGUUGUUUCUCUCUGCCAAGCCCAGAAACAUAACCAUGCGCUUAAGGUGCAGCUUUUCAGUACGCUUUUACUGGAUCUUAGGGUUUGGAGCUUGUGCAACUAUGGACUGCAGAAGAAACUGCUGUCAUCUUUGGCUGAUAUGGUUUUUACUGAAUCCUCUGUUAUGCGGGCUGCAAAUGCUUUUCAAAUGCUGCUUGAUGCUUGCAGAAGAUGUUACUGGACCACUCGCGAAAAGGUCUCGGUCAAUACUUUUUCUCUAAAUGAGGAAACGCGUCCUAUUGGUGAAGUAAAUGCUUUGAUUGAUGAACUUCUAGUAGUAAUUGAACUCCUAAUGGUAGCAGCACCACCUACACUGGCUUUAGAGGACAUGCGUUGUUUGCUUUGUUUUUUGGUGGAUUGUCCGCAACCCAAUCAGGUUGCUAGGGUUUUGCACCUAAUCUAUAGGCUGGUGGUACAACCAAAGGCAUCACGAGCUCAGACUUUUGCGGACGCUUUUAUAUCAUGUGGUGGAGUGGAAACAUUACUUGUUCUUUUGCAACAUGAAGCAAAGGCUGGUGAUCAUGAUAUUUUUGACUCUCCUAUUGAAAUCAAUGAAAAGGGCUCCUUGGUACAUGAGUUUGAAGUGGAUCAUGACAACGGAGUAUCAGAAGGUAGUGGUGGCACAAAGGUUGAAUCAUUAGAAGAAAAGAAACUUACAUCUGAGGGUGAGCAGGGAGCUGAGUCCCUUAGCAGUAAAAACAGCACGGACCUUGAAAUACUGGACGUUACUAGUGAUCUCUCUGCACGGAUGUCUGUGGAGAGAACAAUGUCAGUCGAAAACUUCUUUGCAAAAAAUGUUGGUGGAAUCAAUUUAUCAAUUAGUGCUGAUAAUGCCAGAAAUAAUGCUUAUAAUUUUGACAAAACUGAUGGUGUUGUGGUUGGAAUCAUCAAAUUACUGGGUACCCUGGUUGCAUCAGGACAUGUAAAAUUUAAUUCCAAUUCCUCAUUGCCGAUUGACACAGGCGGUGCUGGGUUGCCUGAUAGAGGUGGCUCUAUGUUUGAUGACAAGGUUUCUCUUCUACUUUUUGCUUUGCAAAAGGCUUUUCAGGCAGCCCCAAGAAGACUUAUGACAGCGAAUGUGUACACAGCUUUACUGGCGGCCUCGAUAAAUGCUACUUCAACAGAAGAUGGUUUGAACUUGUAUGAUUCUGGACACCGAUUUGAGCAUUUACAACUUUUGCUGGUUCUCUUAAAGUCACUUCCCUACGCGUCUACCGCAUUGCAAUGUCGAGUGCUGCAGGAUCUUCUGUUUUUGGCUUGCAGUCAUUCAGACAACCGGAGCUGUCUUACUCAAAUGGAGGAAUGGCCUGAGUGGCUUUUGGAGGUUCUCAUCUCAAAUUAUGAGAGAGCUCCAGUGAAAAGCUUAAGUUCUUCAAGCUUGGGAGACCUAGAAGAUCUUAUACACAAUUUCUUGAUCAUCAUGUUAGAACAUUCAAUGCGCCAGAAGGAUGGAUGGAAGGAUAUUGAAGCGACACUUCACUGUGCAGAGUGGCUCUCUAUGGUCGGUGGAUCUAGCUCUGGAGAACAACGUAUGAGACGCGAGGAAUCAUUGCCUAUAUUCAAAAGAAGGCUACUGGGUAGCUUGCUGGAAUUCUCUGCUAGGGAGCUUCAGGUUCAGACGGAAUUUAUUGCUGCUGCAUCAGCUGGUGUUGCUGCUGAGUAUUCUUCACCAACAAAUGCCAGGGCAGAAGCUGAAAAUGCUGCUCAGCUUUCAGUGGCAUUGGUAGAAAAUGCCAUUGUUAUUCUGAUGCUAGUGGAGGAUCAUUUACGUUUGCAGAGCAAACUAUUGUGUGCUCGUCAUACCGCUAAUGGCACUGUGUCCUCCCUUUCACCAGCUAGUCGCUCAAAUUCGUCAACUUUGGCUGCUGGAGAACCAAAGGAUGUUGUGGGUGACCGUAAAUCAUGGUCUGGCGACACUGGAGGACUCCCCCUCGAUAUCCUUACUUCAAUGGCUGAUGAAAAUGGGCAAAUUUCUGCGACUGUUAUGGAAAGACUAACUGCUGCAGCAGCAGCUGAACCUUAUGAAUCUGUAUCUUGUGCUUUUGUGUCUUAUGGAAGUUGUGCAAAAGAUUUGGCAGAGGGAUGGAAGUACAGGAGUCGCCUUUGGUACGGUGUUGGUGUUCCUUCCAAGGAAACCGUAUUUGGCGGUGGUGGCAGCGGCUGGGACUCUUGGAACUCUGUUUUAGAGAAGGAUGAAAAUGGGUGUUGGAUUGAGCUUUCUUUGAUUAAAAAAUCUGUUACGAUGCUGCAAGCGCUGUUGUUAGAUGAAUCUGGACUUGGUGGUGGUCUUGGUAUCGGCGGAGGAUCUGGUACAGGAAUGGGAGGUAUGGCAGCUCUUUACCAAUUAUUGGAUAGCGACCAACCAUUCCUAUGCAUGCUCCGAAUGGUGCUGGUUUCUAUGAGAGAAGAAGACAAUGGCGACGAAAACAUGCUUAUGAGGAAUUUGAAUUUCGACGAUGCAUCACCAGACAGGUUACAUAGACAUGUUGGGCAUAUGCCAAUGGAUAGUAAUGCUAGAGUGUCUACUAGAAAACCUAGAUCUGCAUUGCUAUGGAGUGUGCUUUCACCUGUUCUAAAUAUGCCCAUAUCGGAGUCCAAAAGACAGAGGGUAUUGGUUGCAUCCUGUGUCCUCUACUCUGAGAUGUGGCAUGCCGUUGGAAAGGAUAGAAAUCCUCUGCGCAAACAAUACCUGGAGGCUAUUGUGCCACCUUUUGUUGCCAUUCUGCGAAGGUGGCGGCCACUAUUGGCUGGAAUUCAUGAACUUGCAACUGCAGAUGGUCUCAACCCUCUUGUUGUUGAUGACCGUGCGCUGGCUGCAGAUGCUCUUCCUAUAGAGGGAGCUCUUGCCAUGGUAUCUCCAGUCUGGGCUGCUGCUUUUGCAUCCCCACCUGCUGCAAUGGCAUUGGCUAUGAUUGCAGCUGGUGCUUCUGGGGGGGAUGUCCCAACACGUGCAUCAACAACACAGCUUAAGCGUGACAUCUCAUUUUUUGAGCGUAAGACAGCCAAGCUUCAAACAUUUUCUAGUUUUCAGAAACCACCCGAACUUCCGAGCAGAUCACCUGCUGCUCUAAAGGAUAAGGCAGCUGCAAAAGCUGCUGCCUUAGCUGCAGCCCGUGACCUGGAACGUAUUGCAAAAAUUGGUUCAGGGAGGGGCCUCAGUGCUGUUGCAAUGGCUACUUCUGCUCAGCGUAGAAAUGCAAGUGACAUGGAGCGUGUUAAGAGAUGGACUAUUUCGGAGGCCAUGGGAACUGCGUGGACGGAAUGUUUGCACCCAGUUGAUACUAAAUCAGUCUAUAGCAAAGACUUUAAUGCCUUUUCCUACAAAUUUAUUGCAGUCCUUGUUGCAAGUCUUGCUUUGGCUCGAAACAUCCAGCGAUCAGAGAUUGAUAGGCGAUCUCAAGUAGAUAUUUUGGUACGCCACCGUCAAGCCACUGGAACUCGUGCUUGGAGGAAACUCAUUCGUUAUUUGACAGAAAUGAAGUGUCUCUUUGGGCCGUUUGGUGACAAUCUAUUAAAUCCUGAAUGUGUUUUCUGGAAACUAGACCUCAUGGAAAGUUCUUCAAGGAUGAGAUUCUGCUCAAGGAGAAAUUACAGAGGCUCAGCACAUGUUGGAGCCGCAGCUGAUUACGAAGAUGAUGAUGCUAAGGAUAAUCAACAGAGGGAAAUAAGUGCAUCAAAUGCCUCUGUUCUGUCAGCUGAAGCAAUUUCUGCAGAUGCAUUAAAUGAAGAUGGUGAGCAUGGUGAUGUCAAUAAUAGAGUGAGUAUUGACUUUGAUGGGGAGCAGCAUGAGGACUAUAAUCCAAGGCAUUCCGUUGGAGCUGAAUCACGAAUGCAAUUGUUGUCAGAUUCUAAUGAUGCAGCAACUACUAGUGGCCAAGAUAUGGCUGAGGAUUCAUCAGCAGUUGCUCCUGGGUACGUUCCCAGUGAGCUUGAUGAGAGAAUUAUGCUUGAACUUCCUUGCUCGAUGGUGAGGCCGCUGAGGGUUGUUCGUGGAACCUUUCAAAUAACAACAAAACGGAUUAAUUUUAUUGCUGAUAAUACUGAGACCAAUUCGUCGGGCACUGAACUGGAUCACAGUUCUGAACACAGGGAUCAGGAAAAGAAUCGUAGCUGGUUAAUAUCUUCACUUCAUCAAAUUUAUAGCAGAAGAUAUCUCCUGAGACGAAGUGCAUUGGAACUGUUUAUGCUUGAUCGCUUUAAUUACUUUUUUGAUUUUGAGACUAGUGAAGGUAGAAGAAAUGCAUACCGAGCUAUUGUUAAUGCACAUCCUCCACAUUUGAACAAUAUAUAUCUAGCAACACAGAGACCUGAUCAGCUUUUGAAAAGAACUCAGCUUAUGGAGCGUUGGGCUAGAUGGGAGAUCAGCAACUUUGAAUACCUUAUGCAGCUCAACACACUAGCUGGGCGUAGUUAUAAUGAUAUCACCCAGUAUCCAGUAUUCCCUUGGAUUCUGUCUGAUUAUUCUUCACAGGAUCUGGAUCUUUCUAAUCUUUCUUCUUAUCGAGACCUUUCGAAGCCUGUUGGUGGUCUAAAUCCCGAACGCCUGAAAAAGUUCCAGGAGAGGUAUUCCAGUUUUGAUGAUCCUGUAAUCCCAAAGUUCCAUUAUGGCUCACAUUAUUCAAGUGCUGGAACAGUGCUGUAUUACCUUGUUCGACUCGAGCCUUUCACCACUCUCUCUAUUCAACUACAAGGCGGAAAAUUUGACCAUGCAGACAGGAUGUUUGCUGAUAUUGCUGCUACUUGGGAGAGUGUCCUUGAGGAGAUGAGUGAUGUGAAAGAAUUGGUUCCAGAGCUGUUUUACCUCCCUGAAACAUUAACGAACGAGAACUCCAUUGAUUUUGGUACUACACAACUUGGUCAAAAGCUUGAUUCAGUCAAGCUACCCCCCUGGGCUAAAAAUCCUGUUGACUUUAUCCAUAAGCAUAGGAUGGCUCUUGAGAGUGAGUAUGUUUCUGCUCAUUUACAUGAGUGGGUUGACCUCAUAUUUGGGUUUAAACAACGGGGAAGAGAGGCUAUAACAGCCAACAAUGUUUUCUUUUAUAUUACGUAUGAAGGAACAGUUGAUAUUGACAAAAUUUCCGACCCUGUUCAACAACGUGCCACUCAGGAUCAGAUUGCUUAUUUUGGGCAAACCCCAUCUCAGCUUUUGACUGUUCCCCACAAAAAAAGAAUGUCGCUAGCGGAGGUGCUUCAACUGCAGACAAUUUUCCGGAAUCCAAAAGACCUCAAACCAUAUGCUGUUCCAGUGCCUGAACGCUGCAAUCUACCUGCUUCUGCAAUGCAUGCAUCCUCGGAUUCUGUUAUCAUUGUUGAUAUAAAUGCUCCAGCUGCAUUUGUGGCACAACACAAGUGGCAGCCAAAUACACCUGAUGGCCAGGGUGCGCCCUUUCUUUUCCAUCAUGGGAAAGCCGCUGCAAGUUCUUCGGGUGGAGGAUUGAUGCGAAUGUUCAAAGGGCAAGCUGGAGCUGUUUCUGAAGAUUGGCACUUUCCUCAAGCAUUGGCAUAUCCUACUUCAGGAAUCAGAAGCUCAGCUAUAGUUGCUAUAACCAACAGUAAAGAAAUUAUAACUGGUGGGCAUAUUGACAACAGUAUCAGAAUUAUAUCAGCAGAUGGCGCAAAGACCCUUGAGACAGCCAUAGGGCACUGUGCUCCUGUGACAUGCUUGGGUCUAUCAUCUGAUAGCAAUUACCUCGUGACUGGGUCUCGAGAUACUACAGUAUUGCUUUGGAGGAUUCAUCGUACAGUUACAUCUCUUUCUACCAAUAUUUCAGAUCCCUCUACUGCUUCUGGUACUCCUACUUCAAACAGCAGUAAUGUUUCAGCAAGUAGCUUAAUAGACAAAAGCAGGAAGCGACGAAUUGAAGGACCCAUUCAUGUGUUGCGGGGUCACCUUGCUGAAGUUCUGUCUUGUUGUGUUAGCUCAAAUCUCGGAGUAGUGGUUUCUUGCUCUCAGUCACCAGAUAUUCUAUUGCACUCGAUUAGAAGGGGCCGUUUGCUCAGAAGAAUAGCUGGUGUGCAGGCUCAUUCUGUCUGCCUUUCAUCUGAUGGCGUCAUAAUGGCUUGGAAUCAAUCUCUUAAUAUGCUCAGCACGUAUACUCUGAAUGGAAUUGUUGUUGCUAGGGUACAGCUUCCCUUAUCCGGAAGCAUCAGCUGCAUGGAAAUUUCUUUUGAUGGACAGACUGCCUUGGUUGGAGUGAACUCUUGUUCUCAGAAGGAAGGAUCUCUUGACAGCAGCAAGUCUUGGAAGUCAAAGCCACUGGGAAUUGGAGCCCUCUCCACGGGAUUGGACGAGAAACAGGAAGACUGUAUAUUAGAUAUAGCAUUACCUUCGAUUUGUUUUCUCGAUCUCUAUACCCUAAAGGUUAUACAUACGUUGAAUCUUCAAGCUGGGCAGGAUAUAACAGCAAUAGCCUUGAACAAGGAUAACACUAAUCUUUUGGUCUCCACAAUGGAUAGGCAAUUGAUAAUCUUCACAGAUCCAGCUCUGAGCUUAAAAGUGGUGGAUCAAAUGCUGAAGCUCGGUUGGGAAGGUGAUGGGCUAAGCCCUCUCAUAAAAUGAUUGGCCUUGUAUUGUUCGAAUCUAAGUUAUUGGAAUUCUUCUGUGGAAGAGGUAAACAGGAGUUAGAUCUGUGUAACCUGACUGCCAAAUUGUUCAGAUGCUGUUUUUGUACUAAACAUCUGACAAUUGUCAGUCUGGUUUGUAUUGUAUGUACACCAACUUCAUGUAUUAACACGAGGUUAUGAAAUAGGUUUGAUAAAGUAUAAUUAGGCAGAUUUUGACUUGGUUGAGUUGUAAAUUCUUUGUUGUUUAUACAAAUUAGGCUGUAAAACCCUCUGUUCAGUUUUGAUUUUUCAAGUAUAUACAAGUCUACAGUUGCCAGAUAUUUUACGUUGUGAAAUCUGGAGUUGUAUACACUGAAAUACCUUGGUUGAUUCAGAUUUCACAAAUAUUUAGGCAGUUGUCAAUAGAAGACUUUGAUGCUCUUGUAAAUAGAUGAGGGAAUUUUUGUUUCA